GUGCCCGCUGUGUCCUCCGGACACAGUGAAACACCGAUCCUCGGACGGGACCUCUGUACGAGGUCCCGAUCAUGUGAUCACUGAUUGGCCAAUCAGUGAUCACAUGCAAAGUAGUAAGUAAGAUGUCACUUCUGACAUCAUUGCUUACUACGUGUAGGGCGGGCGCGCGCCCCCUACCUGUUUUGAAGGCAGCCGUUUUAAAACGUGCUUUUGCCUACGAGCGCCGCCCUGCCACCGUUUAUAUGCGGUGGCUGGGCGGCAAGUGGUUA